AUGGCUAUCAUACGAGGAGUUGGAUCAGCCAGGGGGCGGUGGAAUGCCCCAGCUUUAUGCGAACCUGUCAAGAACGCGCCCAUACCAAGUGCUAAUGGCGGCAUCCUAUGGGCGGACGACGUGAACAAGAAGAUCUACAUUUUUGUUCCUUACGCCUACGACGUGCUGUUGGAGAACUGGGAAGUUCUGGGUGCACCACUGGAUGCGAUCGAAUCCGUUUCGUACGGUGCCGACAUGAGCAUACCGCCGGCGGGGGAGACAUACUACUACGACGAGGUCUACAGAUGCUCACCAUCAGCGACUUCUCUCCGCUCGACGACACGACCUGCAUGCGAUGUGCCCAACCAGUUCGGCACGCAGAACCUCGACCUCGGCAAGCAGAACCCCUCGGGGCGUGCCGUGGUACCUCUACCAGCCAAAUCUCACGAGCAAGGUCGUGCCCAACGAGAUCAGCGACGCCAUCGGCGGCGCUUUCAAGACGGCGCAUACCAGCGGCUUCGACUAGCCCGACUUGGGCGUUUACAUGGGCCGCAGAUUCGCCGCGAGGACUCGGACUCCUACGCGCGCGAUUCCGGGCGCUACUGGCACGUCUACCCCUUCGACGCCCGCCGUGCUGUCCUAUCGGUUCGUAGCAGGUAUUACUGUACCGGACGCCGCUGUCCUCGUCGCGGCUCUGGCGGGCUGGCUACUGGUGCUUCGCGCGUCGCCGCCGGUGCCCAAAGCAGUAUGCGAACAAGGGCGUUGGACCGUCGGCCCCUAUAUGACCGAGACUGGCGCGGGAGCGGGGGCGCACCACUGUUCGCCAUACAGCUCGCUCGUGUCGUCGUCGACGUACAUGCAGCGGCAGAGGAGCCAUGGCCACAACGCUUGGGGUCACUGUGA